AUGUAUAUCCUCGACAGUCAUUCAAAAUGGCCAGAAGCUUUCAAUAUUCCCAGUAUGAGUGAAGAAAAUACAAUUCCUAUAUUUGAGGGACUUUUUGUAAGAUUUAGGUACCCAUCACAUUUGGUCACGGAUAACUAUUCGACUUUUAUCGUGAUAGCUUUUCAAAAAUUAUUGAAAGCAGGAGUACUUCGACAUAGCACAACGCCUCCGCAAUUCCCUGCGACAAAUGGUGCAGCGGAAGAUUUUGUCGAUAGGUUCAAAAGGAAGAUAAAUAGUAUAUUAAAAGAUCACAUAACGCUUAAAGCUGCGAUUAUAAAAUUUUUAUUUGACUCCCGGAGUAAACUUCAUGCGGCUACAAACCAAUCUCCAGCUAGUCUAAUGUUAGGCCCAGAACUGAAAACUCAAUUUUUACUUUUCCGUCCGCCUUCAGUAAAAAAUCGAAUUAUUAAUGAUCAAGAGAGGCAAAUAUGCAAUAAUUUAGGAGAAACAAAAAUAAAUUUCUCUGAGGGAGAUUCAGUAGUAGCUCGAGAUUAUAGAGGGAAAGAGCCUAGCUGGACACCGGGAAUUUUUACAAGAGAAAUUGUGCCGGGAUUAACAUUUUUAAUAAAAGUCGAUGGCUUAAUUUGGAAACGUCACGCGAAUAAAUUAUUGAGGCGUAGUCCGGUGGUCAAAGAUAAGGAAACAGGAUAA